AUGAAGAGCAGAGUCUGGGAAAUGCUUUCCUGGUUUCUAGGUUACUCUGAACUGAGAAGAUUAAAGAUAUUCAUCAAUAAUGAAUGGCAUAAAGCCACAAAAGGAAAAACAUUCGCUGUUAUAAAUCCAAGUACCGGAGAAGAAAUAUGUCAAGUUGAAGAAGGAACAAAAGCCGAUGUCGAUAAAGCUGUUGAAGCCGCUCGAAAUGCAUUCAAAACAAAUUCUGAAUGGAGAAAAAUGGAGCCAGCAGCUCGUGGUGUUUUAAUGAGACAAUUUGCGACACUUUUACGACGAGAUGUAGAUUAUCUUGCGAAACUUGAAACACUAAAUAAUGGCAAACCAUUGGAAGAUAGUAAAGGUGACAUAGCAAUAUCGGCUGAUUGUAUUGACUAUUAUGCAGGAUGGGUAGAUAAAAUAGCUGGCGAAACUUUACCAUCAGCACCCGAUACAUUUUUAUAUACACGUCAUGAACCAAUUGGUGUUUGUGGUCAAAUAAUUCCUUGGAAUUAUCCUAUAUUAAUGAUGGCAUGGAAAUUUGGACCGGCAUUAGCCUGUGGGAACACAAUUGUCUUAAAACCUGCUGAAGAAACACCCUUAACAGCUCUAUAUUGUGGCAGUUUAAUCAAAGAAGCUGGAUUUCCACCAGGUGUUGUCAAUAUUGUACCCGGAGAUGGACCAGAAUGUGGUCAUUCUAUUGUGGUUCAUGAAGGAAUAGAUAAAGUUGCAUUUACUGGCUCAGUUGAGGUUGGUAGAAAGGUUCAAGAGGUUGCCGGAAAUUCAAAUUUAAAACGUGUAUCAUUAGAAUUAGGUGGAAAAAGUCCGUUAAUAGUUUGUGAAGAUGCUGAUAUCGAUUAUGCUGCGGAAUUAGCACAUCGAGCUAUAUUUGCGAAUGCAGCGCAGAGUUGUUGUGCUGGUUCAAGAACGUUUGUUCAUGAAAAAAUUUAUGAUAAAUUUAUUUCUAAAAGUGUCGAAUUAGCUACUAAACGUGUAGUUGGUGAUCCAUUUGAUACAAAAACACAACAAGGCCCUCAGAUAAACAACAGUCAAUUUAAAAAAAUUAUGAACUAUAUCGAAUCCGGUAAAAAACAAGGUGCUAAAUUAGAAUGUGGUGGUGAACGUGUGGGUAAAAAUGGCUUUUUCAUUCAACCAACGGUGUUUAGUAAUGUUAAAGAUGACAUGGAAAUAGCCACGGACGAAAUCUUUGGACCUGUUAUGAGUAUUUUUAAAUUUCAUGAUUAUGAUGAAGUACUUAAACGAGCCAAUGAAACGACUUUUGGUCUGGCAGCCGGAGUGAUAACAAAAGAUGUAACACGUGCAUUCAAAUUCGUUAAUGAAUUACUAGCUGGUAGUGUGUGGGUGAAUGAUUAUGAUGCUAUUACUAAUCAAUCACCAUUUGGAGGAUAUAAACAAUCUGGUCAUGGGAGAGAGUUAGGUAGUUAUGGAUUACGAGAAUAUUAUGAAGUAAAAACGGUUGCGAUCAAACUUGUUUAA